GCAACGAUAUCUGACAAUGCCUGAGCCAGCAAAGUCCGCGCCCAAGAAGGGCUCCAAGAAAGCAGUUUCCAAGACCGCCGCGAAGGGCGGUAAGAAACGCAGAAAGUCCAGGAAGGAGAGCUACGCCAUCUACGUGUACAAGGUACUGAAGCAGGUCCACCCCGACACCGGCAUCUCCUCCAAGGCCAUGGGAAUCAUGAAUUCCUUCGUUAACGACAUUUUCGAGCGUAUCGCCGGAGAAUCGUCUCGCCUGGCUCACUACAACAAGCGAUCAACCAUCACCUCCAGGGAAAUCCAGACCGCUGUCCGCCUUCUGCUCCCCGGUGAGCUGGCCAAGCACGCCGUGUCCGAGGGUACCAAGGCCGUGACCAAGUACACCAGCUCUAAGUAAACGGGCUCUCCAUCAAAUUCACCCCAAAGGCUCUUUUAAGAGCCACCCACUUGCAUCUUGCAAUUGAGGAAAGUCCAUCACACUUGUUCGAAUACAUUGGUGUAUUUAACAUGAAGCAGAAACAUCUUUGUGAACCGGGACAUGUU